CAGAGCGAGCUAGCUACACUUGAUCCUCCUCCAUACAGCUAGCUGAAUCGAGCUAGCAAUGGCGAGGGCGUCGUCGUCGUCGCUGUCCAUGGGUGUGGUCGCCGCGUUGGCCGUGCUGGUGGUCCUGUGCGCCGCCGUGCGGGCCGCCGCUCAGGGGAAGACGGGGCCUCCCGCUCCUAAGCUAUCGUCCAACUUCAAGACGAUCCAUCCGGGGCGGUUCGGGAAGAGGGCCCAGGUGCUCACAUGCGACGACGAAAAGGACAAGAAGAACCCCUGCGUCGCCACCUGCGACAAGGUCCGCUGCCCCAACGAGUGCAUCGUCAUGUGCCCAGGCUGCAAGACCUACUGCAUGUGCGACUUCUACCCCGGCGUGUCCUGCGGUGACCCGCGCUUCACCGGCGCCGACGGCAACAACUUCUACUUCCACGGCAAGAAGGACCAGAGCUUCUGCGUCGUCUCCGACGCCGACCUCCACAUCAACGCCCACUUCAUCGGCAAGCGUAACCCCACCAUGAGCCGAGACUUCACCUGGAUCCAGGCCCUCGGCAUCCGCUUUGCCGACCACCGCCUUUACAUGGCCGCCCAGAAGACCGUCGAGUGGGACAGCGAUGUCGACCGCCUUGAGCUGGCCUUUGAUGGUAUGCCCAUCGACAUCCCCACCGAGGUCGAUGCUGAGUGGCAGUCCACCAUCGUGCCCACGUUGACUAUCACAAGGACCUCCGCGACCAACGGCAUCAGGGUCCAGCUCAAGGGAGUGUUUGACAUCUUGGCCAAUGUGGUGCCCAUCACCGAGAAGGACUCCCGCAUCCACAACUACGGCGUGACGGAGGAAGACAGCCUCGCGCACUUCGACAUUGGGUUCAAGUUCCACGCCUUCACAGAUGAUGUCCACGGAGUGCUCGGCCAGACGUACCGCACGGACUACGUCAACAAGCUCAGCGUGACCGCCAACAUGCCCAUCAUGGGCGGCGCCGCCAGCUACGUCUCCUCCGACAUCUUCUCCACCGACUGCAAGGUUGCCAGGUUCGGCCGUAGCCGCGGCGCGAUCUCGAUGACCACCACCAAGGCCAGUUAAACACCGUGCGUCGACGGCUAGCUCUCGAGACAUUUGAGACUUAGCCCAGGAAUAAUAAGCAUAAAGGAUUUAUGACAUACUGAUGCCACCAAAGACACACAUGAUCACGUCAUUUGGAUACGCACAUAAACAUGAUUGUGAAAUUGAUACUGCAAAUGAUGAAAUGAAAUAAAUUUAUUACCGAA